AUGGCGGCACUGAAGGCGUGCAUGCUGCUGUUCACGGCCUUCUUCUUCUCGGCGCACAUCCAGCAGUUGUCCGCGGCCUUCAAGGUGCGCGGCAAUGGCGGAGGCCAUCGGACGGGCGACCGCGUGCUCGCUCACGUCCGCGGCGCCGUUCGUCACCGGCUUCGGGCGUUUGCGCCUUCGGUGGACUGCUUCGUGGAUGGUCUGAAGACGAACAAGCUUCUUCUUACUUGA